AUGCGUACUGCACAUGUUUUGCUUGGAAGGUCAUGGCAACAUGAUAGACAUUUUUACUAUAAUGCACUCAACUACACAUGCAAUGUCACCUACAAUGGAUUUAUACAUAUGCUUAAGCCUCUCCUUCCAAAACAAGUAGAAGAAAUCCACCUGAGGUUGAAGCAAACUCUCAAACCAGCCUUGAAGAAAGAAGAAAUCAAAGAGAUCAAAGUGGAACCUCCACGUGUGGAAUUGGAGUCGCCACUCCAAUCCUAUAACUCAGUUUGUAGCCAAACAAAGGGACCACAAUCAGUGAUACAAUUGAAAGGACCAGCCCAAAGUGUCAAAGUGCAGCCUCUCUUGGUAACUAAAAAGGAUAGUAACCAAGAGAAAAGAAGGAUAAAGUUAAUUAGAGCAACUCAUGUCAAGCAUCCUAAGAGAAAGUUGCAUGAGCGUGAUAAAGCAGAAAGUGAUCUUGCUUAUUUGUCUUGCAUUGAAGAUUUGGAUUCGAGGACGAAUCCUUUUCAGGAAGGGGAGAAUAAUAGGAACCAGGACACAUGGAAUCCAAUAAGGGUCUAUAGUGUGCUCAUCACAACAACUCGUGCCAAGCAUCCCAAGAAAAAGUUACAUGAGCGAAAUAAAGCACAAAGUGAAUACUUGGAUUUUUCUGAUCCCACAUAUUUAUGUCCUCAUUAUGGAGCGCUGUUUUGGUUGGAAGAACGAGUAAACAAAUCAGUUGAUGCUUUGGAUGAAAGCAAUGCUUUCGUGAAGACAUUUCGCAAUGCAAGCGCACAUAUUGAAAAUAAUCCUACAGCAGAGAUCAAAAUCAAAUUGAUAGGGAAAAGAUCAAAAGAUGCUCGGACAUAUAACUUGUCUCAAGUUCAAGAAGUUGCCGCUUUGAUUGUUGGUGAUAUAGAUCCAAAUAUGGGACAGCGUGACAUAUUGGUGGAAACAAAUUCAGGCAAUCUUCAAAGAAUUAAUGAAUUGAAUCCGUCAUAUCUGCCACUACAAUAUCCACUGCUAUAUCCAUACGGUGAAGAUGGCUAUAGAGAAGACAUUCCGUUUGCGGACAUUCUUGAUAGGGCAUCCACGGCAAGAAAUCGUGUUGGAUCAGACAUCAACAUUAUUGUAUGCAAGAAGGUUGUUACUGGAUCAGACAUCAACAUUAUUGUAUGCAAGAAGUGUUUGGCUGAUGCUCUGACUAAUGGAGAAGUAGAUCCUACUGCUCAAGGAAAGAGGAUAAUCUUGCCAUCUAGCUUUACUGGAGGUGCCAGAUAUAUGAUUCAAAAUUACCAAGAUGCAAUGGCCAUUUGCAAAGCUAUGGUGCUCUAUACUAUUGAAUUUCAGAAAAGAGUGUUACCGCAUGCGCAUAUUUUGGUAUUCUUGGCAAAGAAUGACUCUCCUAAAACCCCAAAAGAUAUAGACAUGUGGAUAUCUGCUGAGAUUCCAAAUGAGAUAUGUGAUCCAGAGUACUACAAAGUCGUGGAAGAAUUCAUGAUGCAUGGUCCUUAUGGUUCAUGUAGGAAGAAUUCACCCUGCAUGUCAAGAUCAAUCAAGUACUUAUUCAAGUACGUCAAUAAGGGAAAUGAUCGAGUAACUGCUGAGUUCUACAAUAGUACCGUUGACGAAUCUACUGGGAAAGUUGUAGAUGAAAUCAAGAUGUACUACGAUUGUAGGUAUAUCUCACCAUGUGAAGCUGCUUGGAGGAUUUUUUCUUUUGACAUACAAUUUAGGAAUCCUUCAGUGGAACGCUUAAGUUUCCAUCUACCCAAUGAGCAAUCUAUUAUAUUUGAUGAUGGUAAUAAUGUUGACAAUGUUGUUAAUUGUCCCACAGUGUCCCAAAGUAUGUUCACCGUAUGGUUUGCAGCUAAUUUGAAGUAUGAGGAUGCUAGGCAGUUAACUUACUCAGAAAUGCCUAGGAAAUUUGUUUGGAAGAAAGACAAAAGAGAAUGGGGUCCCAGAAGUUUUGAAGAAAUCAAGUUUGUUGAUGGAAAACAAUACAUGUCAUUUAGAGAUGCUUGUUACGCUAGAGGAUUGAUUGAGGAAGACAAAGAAUAUGUGGACGCAAUUUUGGAGGCAUCACUAUGGGCAACUGCCUAUUCUUUAAGGAAACUUUUUGUCAUGCUGUUGACCUCAAGUUCAAUGUCAAAGCCAGAAAUUGUGUGGGAAGCUGUUUGGAUACAUCUAGCAGAAGAUGCGGAAUAUCAAGCUAGAAAAACUUUAGGAUUCCCAGUUCUUACAGAUACACAAAAGAAAAACUAUGCUCUCCUAGAGAUUGACAAAUUAUUGAGUUCUUGCAACAAGUCAUUACAAGAUUAUCCACCAAUGCAUAUACCUGAUGGACCAAGUAACAGUUUCUUAGGGAAUCGUCUGUUAUAUGAAGAACUAUCAUAUGAUCAGCGAGCAUUAAAAGAAGAACAUGACCUAUUGGUCAAGGGAGAAAUUGUUCUAAAUGUUGCAUCCAGUGGUAUAGCUUCACUAUUGCUACCAGGUGGUAGGACUGCCCACUCAAGAUUUGUAAUACCGAUUUGUGUAAACGAAAACUCAACAUGCAACAUCAAGCAAGGUGGUGAUUUCAGACAGAUACUUCCAGUUAUUCCCAAAGGAACAAGACAAGAUAUUGUCCAAGCAAGUAUCAAUUCUUCAUAUUUGUGGAAUAAUUGUGAAGUUCUGCGUCUUACAAAGAAUCUAAGACUGCGUAGUAUUACAACUGAAGAAGAAAUUGAGAAAUUAGACACAUUUGCCAAGUGGAUUGCGGACUUAGGUGAUGGAAAACUUGGUGUUUGUAUUGCAAACAAAGGAGAUCCUAUCAAAGAGAUUGUUGUGCAGACAUUUCCUUCAUUUGGGACUGGUGUUAUAGAUCCUGAGCAGUUAAAGAGUAGAGCUAUUUUGGCACCAACGUUAGAUGUUGUGGAUCAAGUCAAUGAAUACAUGAACAAUUUGAAUCUAGCUUCAUCGAAGACUUAUUUAAGUUGUGAUUCUGUUUGCAAGGCUGAUACGAAUGACAACAUGUUAGCCGAAGUGCACACUACUGAAUUUUUAAACAGUUUGAAGUGUUUUGGUGUACCAAACCAUUCGUUAUCAUUAAAGGUUGGAUCUCCAAUAAUGUUGUUGAGGAAUAUUGACCAUUUUAUUGGUCUUUGUAAUGGAACACGAUUGAUGUUACCAAAUUAG